GCUCCAGUCCCGGUCCAGCCUUUUCCUCCUUUCUUCCUUCUUCCCCACAUCAUCGGCUCGGCUCCGCUCCCGCAAGAAGAGGUGCCUCCGCCUCCGAUCUCCUCCCUCCCUGCCGCCUCCGCCGCCACGAGCAGACCAUGCCACCGUAACAGUAUUGAACCUCACCAGGAUGGUACUAAAGGGGAAGGAGGGUUGAUGGAAAAUUUCUCCCCGACGACUCUGCUCAAUAGUAUCUCCCACCUCGGUGUCUUAACAUCUGAUGGCUUGGCCACAAGAUCCAAGCCUAUCCAGAAGUAUUGCCAAAAUGUAUAUGAUAUCUCAAGCAUUGUCAAACCCCUUGUAGAAGAUCUGUGCAAGUCCCCUGAAGAGCAACUCAAUGAGGUCUUAAGGGAGCUUGACACUGCUAUCAAUGAAGCUUCAGGGCUUAUUGGAAACUGGCACCAGACAACCAGCAAAAUUUAUUUCGGUUGGCAAGUUGAGUCAGUAAUCUCAGAUAUUCAUGGAUGUUCACUUCAGUUGUGCCAGCUGGUUAAUUCUCUAUUACCUUCUUUGACUGGCCGUGCCUGCACUUGUAUUGAGAAACUCCACGUCGUAAAUUAUGAGCUAAUGUUCGAUUUUGUAAAGGAGAUUGCCAUGGAGCUUACUAAUACAAGCGCAGCAAGUCCUGAGAACCUGUUGAAACUAUCGAGUACAUUGAGUCUGUCAACAAACCUGGAAUUGUACAUGGAAGCUGUUUCCCUUGAGAAUAUCAGAACAAGGGCACUACGAAGUGAGAAUCGUAAAGAACUGGAUCUUGCUGAGCAGAUGAUUCCACUGGUCAACUAUAUGCAUGAGCGCCUUCUCAGGGAUACACAAUUGCUUAGCAUCAACGGGGUGCCUAUUCCUGCUGAUUUUUGCUGUCCGCUUUCCUCGGAGCUGAUGUCUGAUCCAGUUAUUGUAGCGUCUGGUCAGACCUAUGAGCGGGUUUAUAUCAAGUUGUGGCUUGAUGAGGGUUUUACUAUCUGCCCAAAGACACGCCAAAGACUUGGUCACUCCAAUUUAAUUCCUAAUUAUACUGUGAAAGCUUUGAUAGCUAACUGGUGUGAAUCGCACGACAUUAGGCUACCUGAUCCUAUGAAAUCCUUGAAGUUGAAUUUCCCCUCAGCUGCCACCUCUUUUCAGGAUUUGAGCGCUGCAGGCAGCAGUCCUCUACAUUCUAGUGCCGUCUCUAGGGCUAAUAUUCCUGGAUCCCCAGAAACUGAUGGGUAUUUGAGAAACUUUAAUGGAGCAUCUCCUCCCCAUAGUGUGGUCCAUCAGAACUCUCAUGUGCAUGUCAACCGUUCUGGUCAUGAGGUCUCGACAAGUCAAUCUUCAGAAAAUGCAAAUGGUUCCGCACCAGAUGUAUCAAGGUUAUCCCUAUCAAGUUCUGAAGCAAGAGAGUCUAAUUUGGAAGGAAGACGUGCUGGUUCGAUUGGACAAACUUCAGAACAGUCUACAGAGGAAGCAUUUCAAUCUUCUAAUUUGGACAGGGAUCUGCAGGACAACGUGGCCAGUUCUUCAAGGAAUGGUAGUCUUCCAAAUAGUGGUCAACUUGAUGGGGAAUGUGACAAUGGGGUGACAAGAGUUCCAAGCGAUAGGAUGAAUUACAGUAGUGAUGCAUCUGGAGAGGUUACAGAUGGUGGUGCGCCUGUAGCCUCUUCUGUUCCUCAAAGGGAACCUUCAAUCCCUUCAAGACUGGGUGAUGUCCGCACUAGAGGCCAAUUUGCCAGGAGGCAAGCAUCGGAUAGGGGUUUCCCCAGAAUAAUAUCUUCCUCGUCGAUGGAUGCACGGAGUGAUCUUUCUGCCAUCGAGAAUCAGGUCCGGAAGCUGAUUGAGGAUUUGAAAAGUGAUUCUGUAGAUGUUCAGAGGUCAGCAGCAUCAGAGAUUCGCCUUUUAGCUAAGCAUAACAUGGAGAACAGGAUUGUCAUUGCAAACUGUGGGGCUGUAAACUUGCUGGUUGGUCUUCUUCAUUCACCAGAUGCCGAAACCCAAGAACAUGCUGUGACAGCUCUUCUGAAUUUGUCAAUCAAUGACAACAAUAAAAUUGCAAUUGCAAGUGCUGAUGCUGUUGAUCCUCUCAUUCACGUCCUUGAGACAGGGAACCCUGAAGCUAAAGAGAAUUCAGCAGCUACUCUAUUCAGUCUCUCAGUUAUUGAAGAAAACAAAGUAAGGAUCGGACGAUCCGGUGCCAUCAAGCCUCUUGUAGACUUACUAGGAAAUGGUACUCCUCGAGGAAAGAAAGAUGCAGCUACUGCGUUGUUUAACUUGUCCAUACUUCAUGAGAACAAGGCUCGCAUUGUCCAAGCUGAUGCUGUGAGGCACCUAGUUGAGCUUAUGGAUCCUGCUGCUGGAAUGGUCGACAAAGCUGUGGCUGUGUUGGCAAAUCUUGCUACGAUACCAGAAGGGAGGACUGCGAUUGGGCAGGCACGUGGUAUUCCAGCCCUUGUUGAAGUUGUUGAAUUGGGUUCUGCUAGGGGGAAGGAGAAUGCUGCUGCUGCGUUGCUUCAGCUCUGUACAAACAGCAACAGAUUUUGCAGUAUAGUUCUUCAAGAGGGUGCUGUGCCCCCUUUAGUUGCCCUUUCACAGUCGGGAACACCGCGAGCAAGAGAAAAGGCACAAGCUCUUCUCAGCUACUUCCGCAGCCAAAGACAUGGGAAUUCAGCAAGGAGAUGACCUUCCCAGAAAUUUUUUGUAGUGUACAUUAAUGUCUCCUUUGAUCUCUCGUCGCAACUGGGCUCCUGUUGUUCAUUGGCAGUGCUGGAGGCCCUAGAAUUAUGUACUGCCCUGUGCCCAACUGUUUAUAGAUUGAGAUUGUUCUGCAUCUCAUGCCAUGAUGCAAGUGUUGUGGGCGGCGGGUGUUGUCUGUUGAGAUGGUGUGUUUUGUUUUUUUUCGGAGGAUUUUUCUUUUGUAUAGCUUGUCCAUUGUAGCAGCUUACCUAUUAUUCACCGAGAUUUUGUGUUGUAUAUGCUAUUAGCUGUGGCAUACUGAUUGUUCGAUGCUUGCAAAAGUUAAUAUUGUUAUGUACCAAAUAA